GAGACGCCUGGCCGGCUGGGUGGGAACCACCAUGGGCAACGCGGCCGGCAGUACCGAGCAGCCCGCGGGCCCGGCUGCGUCGCCCCCGAAGCAGCAAGCCACCCCCAAACAGCCGAUGCCUGCUGCCGGGGAGCUGGAAGAGAGAUUCACCCGGGUGCUGAGCUACAUGAACUUGCCCCCCGACAAAGUACAGCUGCUCAGCCAGUAUGACAGUGAGAAGAAGUGGGAGCUCAUCUGUGACCAGGAGCGGUUUCAAGUCAAGAACCCCCCUGAAGCCUACAUUCAGAAGCUGAAGAGCUACCUGGAUACUGGUGGGGUCAGCAGAAAGGCAGCAGCUGAUUGGAUGUCUAAUCUGGGGUUUAAGAGGCGAGUUCAGGAGUCCACACAGGUGCUGCGGGAGCUGGAGACCUCUCUAAGGACAAACCACAUAGGGUGGGUGCAGGAGUUCCUCAAUGAGGAGAACCGUGGCCUGGACGUGCUCCUUGAGUACCUGGCCUUUGCCCAGUGCUCCGUCACGUACGACAUGGAGAGUACAGACAAUGGAGCCUCUGGGGCAGAAAAGAGCAAGUCCCUGGAGCAGUCCGCGGAAGAUCUCAGCAAGGGGCCGCCGGCUUCGGUGCCCAAAAGUCGUCACCUCACCAUCAAGUGCCCCCCUUCUCCCCGGCUGACUCCUGCCCACAGCCGGAAAACCCUGCGGAAUUCCCGCAUCGUCAGCCAGAAGGAUGAUGUCCACGUCUGCAUCAUGUGUCUGCGAGCUAUCAUGAACUACCAGUCUGGCUUCAGCCUGGUCAUGAACCACCCAGCCUGUGUCAACGAGAUUGCUCUCAGCCUCAACAACAAGAAUCCCAGAACCAAGGCUUUGGUGCUGGAGCUGCUGGCAGCUGUGUGCCUGGUGCGGGGAGGACACGACAUCAUUCUUGCAGCCUUUGACAACUUCAAGGAGGUGUGUGGAGAGCAGCACCGCUUUGAGAAGUUGAUGGAGUAUUUCCGGAAUGAGGACAGCAACAUCGACUUCAUGGUGGCCUGCAUGCAGUUCAUCAACAUCGUGGUGCACUCAGUGGAGAACAUGAACUUCCGGGUCUUCCUGCAGUAUGAGUUCACCCGCCUUGGUCUGGACCUGUACUUGGAGAGGCUCCGGCUCACAGAAAGUGACAAGCUGCAGGUGCAGAUUCAGGCGUACCUGGACAACAUUUUCGAUGUGGGAACUCUGCUGGAGGACACAGAGACCAAGAACGCAGUGCUGGAGCACAUGGAGGAGCUGCAAGACCAGGUGGCCCUGCUGACAGAGCGGCUUCGGGACGCGGAGAACGAAUCCAUGGCCAAGAUCGCUGAACUGGAGAAGCAGCUCAGUGAGACCCGCAAGGAGCUGGAGACCAUGAGGGAGCGCGCCACCGAGUCAACCCCCAUGGGCUCCUCCAAACGCUCCCCAGAGCCUGAGAAAGUCCCUUCCACUCGGGAGCGGCGACCCUCGGCCCUAGAGCUGAAAGUGGAGGAGCUGGAGGAGAAGGGGUUAAUCCGCAUCCUGCGGGGGCCCGGGGAUGCGGUCUCCAUCGAGAUCCUCCCCGGCGCGGUAGCGACGCCCAGCGGCGAUGCUUCAGCUCCGAGGAUACCCGCGGGCUCCCCCAGCCCAGAUCUCCCACCUGCGCCAGCGUCCGUUCCCGGAGUCGCCUCACCACCGUCACCGCCACCGCCGCCCCCACUACCUAGCCUCCCAUCCCAGCCGGAAGCCCCUCCCUCAGCUCCCCCGCUGGCUCCGCCUCUCCCGGGCAGUCCGGAGCCCCCACCUGCGCCACCGUUGCCAGGAGACCUGCCACCUCCACCCCCGCCACCCCUGCCCGGCACCGAUGGGCCCGUGCCGCCGCCACCGCCGCCGCCUCCACCUGGAGGUCCCCCUGAUGGCCUUGGAGGACCGGGCCCAGAGAUGGGUACAGGAGUGAAGGCCAAGAAACCCAUCCAGACCAAGUUCAGGAUGCCACUCUUGAACUGGGUGGCCCUGAAGCCCAGUCAGAUCACAGGCACUGUCUUCACAGAGCUCAACGAUGAGAGGGUGCUGCAGGAGCUGGACAUGAGUGAUUUUGAAGAGCAUUUCAAAACCAAGUCCCAAGGCCCCAGCUUGGACCUCAGUGCUCUCAAAGGCAAGGCAUCCCAGAAAAUCCCCACCAAGGCAACGCUCAUCGAGGCCAACCGGGCCAAGAACCUGGCCAUCACCUUGCGCAAGGGCAACCUGGGGGCAGACCGCAUCUGCCAGGCCAUUGAGACGUAUGACCUGCAGACCCUCAGCCUGGAUUUCCUGGAGCUGUUGACGCGCUUUCUGCCCACGGAGUACGAGCGCAGCCUCAUUGCCCGCUUUGAGAAGGAGCAGCGGCCCAUGGAGGAGUUGUCCGAGGAGGACCGCUUCAUGCUGCGCUUUAGCCGAAUCCAGCGCCUGCCUGAGCGCAUGACUACACUCACCUUCCUGGGCAACUUCCCUGACACAGCCCAGCUACUCAUGCCGCAACUGAAUGCCAUCAUUGCAGCCUCAAUGUCCAUCAAAUCUUCUGACAAGCUCCGUCAAAUCCUGGAGAUUGUCCUGGCCUUUGGCAACUACAUGAACAGCAGCAAGCGAGGGGCAGCCUACGGCUUUCGGCUCCAGAGUCUGGAUGCGCUGUUGGAGAUGAAGUCGACCGAUCGCAAGCAGACGCUGCUGCACUAUCUGGUGAAGGUCAUCGCCGAGAAGUACCCACAGCUCACAGGCUUCCACAGUGAACUGCACUUCCUGGACAAGGCAGGCUCAGUGUCCCUGGAUAGUGUCCUAGGGGAUGUGUGCUCCCUGCAGCGAGGCCUGGAGCUGACACAGCGAGAGUUUGUGCGGCAGGAUGACUGCAUGGUGCUCAAGGAGUUCCUGAGGGCUCAUUCACCCACCAUGGACAAGCUGCUGGCAGACAGCAAGACGGCUCAAGAGGCCUAUGAAUCGGUGGUGGAGUACUUUGGAGAGAACCCCAAGACCACGCCGCCCUCCAUGUUCUUCUCCCUGUUCAGCCGCUUCACCAAGGCCUACAAGAAAGCUGAGCAAGAGGUGGAACAGUGGAAAAAAGAAGCAGCUACCCAGGAGGCGGGCGCCGACAACCCGGGCAGGGGAGAGGCCCCAGCACCCAAGUCCCCGCCCAAGGCCAGGAGACAACAGAUGGACCUCAUCUCUGAGCUGAAACGGAAGCAGCAGAAAGAGCCACUCAUCUACGACAGUGAUCGGGAUGGGGCCAUUGAAGACAUCAUCACAGAUCUGCGGAACCAGCCCUACAUUCGGGCAGAUACAGGCCGCCGCAGUGGCCGCAGUGGCCGCAGGCGUCCCCCAGGACCUCCCCUGCAGGUCACCACCGACCUCUCGCUGUAGCCCGCUACUUCGGCAGGUGGAUUCUGCAGGGGGUGAGGCUGUGGGUAGGAUGGGGCUCAGAGAAGGUGGUCCUGUAGCUCGGCUGGGUCGGGCGGCCCCUCCUCCUGCCGUAGGGGCGGUCUCUCGUAGGCCUAGUCCCUCAAAUGCUGCUCACAGCACCCCCUUUCCUCCCAAUAGCCAUACUUAGCCUGAGCAGGAGCCUGGCCUGUAACUUAUAAAGUGCACCUCGAUCCCCACCCCCCUGAGCCCUGAGGAUUCUCCUUGGAACCUUAUUUUUAUACAAGAUUAAUAAAGAUGUUUGCAAAA